ACCUCGACAGAGAUCAGGCCAAGGUAUCAAAGUCCCAGCCGAAGAAAUUGUUCCAGACAGUCUGCUUCUUCCUUUCCAAAAGGACCAGUCUGCGACAAUGAAGGUGUUGAUUCUUGUCGCCUUCGUGGCGUUCUCUGCUCAAUUGGCCCUCAGCGCCGAUCCCCAUGAACACAACAAGGUGGUGUGCUUCUGGAACAGCACAGCCUUUGAAAGACAAGGACCAGGAAAGUUCCAGCUGGACGAUGCUCGUUCGGCACUCUCUCUUUGCACCCACCUGAUCUAUGGAUUUGCUGGGAUCACUUCUGACAACUUUGAAGUUCAAUCACUGAAUCCUAAUCUUGACACUGGUGCUGGCUACGCCUACUACAGGCUUGUUCCUCAACUGAAGAAAGCCUUCCCGGAUCUGAAGGUUUACCUUAGCAUCGGUGGCAAUGCUGACCCCCCGGAGGAGACUCACGAAUACCUUGUCGCUACAGAGACAUCAGCUGCUAGAUCAAAGUUCAUCAACUCCGUGAACAGACUGCUUAACGACUACGACUUCGAUGGAAUCGAUCUGGCAUGGCAGUUCCCUCCAGUCAAGGUCAAGAAACAACGCAGCACCCUCGGCUCGUUCUGGCAUGGCGUCAAGAAAACCUUCGGUUAUGGAAAGUUCAAGGACGACAAGGAACAAGAGCACCGCGACGGUUUCACGAUUCUGGUCCGUGAUCUGAAGGCCCAGCUCAGGCCCAAGUUCAAGGCUUUGACCAUCACUGUCCUGCCGCAUGUGAACAGCAGUGUUUACUAUGACGCUAGACUGUUGGCGCCUAACAUCGACGCCGUACAUCUGUUCACUUUUGACCAAAAGUCACCAGAACGCAAUCCCCAGGAAGCCGACUACCCUGCACCCAUCUACGAAAGUUAUGGACGUGUCAUUGAUGACAACAUUGACGCUACAUCUAGGUAUUGGCUCGACAACGGCACGCCAGGCACGAAAAUUGUUGUGGGAAUCCCCACGUUCGCUAGGACAUGGAAACUGACAUCCGAGAGCCAAAUAUCAGGUGUGCCACCUCUCGUUGCCGAUGGUCCAGGUGCUGAAGGGCCGCACACGACCAUCCCAGGGCUUCUCUCGUACGCAGAGGUGUGCACCAGGUUGACCGAGAGCGCCGUUGGUCGUCUGAGAUACGUAAACGACCCGUCCAAGAAAUACGGCAGCUACGCCUUCCAAGCUUACGACGAGAAUACCGGUGCCGAUGGUAUCUGGGUUGGGUACGAGAACCCUAACACUGCUGGGGACAAGGCUGCUUAUGCCAAAGCCAAGGGUUUGGGCGGUGUAGCAAUUUACGACCUGUCGUUGGAUGACUUCAGGGGUAUCUGUACCGGUGAUAAAUACCCCAUCAUCAGAGGCGCUAAAUACAAAUUGUAAAGGACGAUUAGAGACUGAAGAUGAAUCCUGAGAAAGAUCGACAGAGAACUCCUGUACAUUUUACUUAUUCCUCGACAUCUUUUCUCAGGUUUUGAAAGCCUUUCGAUGUUUUGUUUCCUCCUUUUUGUAUAAUAAUAAAUGUUUUGUUAUCUUCUUGCAUGGUGGAGCAAAUGAAUCCAUUGACGGAGCGAUACCGAUCAAUAAAAGUUAUACUUUUUCAAA